AUGAAGGCAUUCGGCGGCCGUAACCAUGGAGCUGAAAGCGCUACAAGCCCUACUCGACAAUCGUAUGGGAAGUGGAUUGGCCUUCUUGGGAUUCUGAGUCUUACUCAAGCUCAAGGGCCGACUUCCUCUCAGGAGAUGACUUAUCUUGAAUGUGGAGGACCUAACGUGACAAUUCCCUACUGUCUCCGAUGUGCUGAAUGCGUGAUGGAAUGCGGUGGCCCUGAUGUGGUAGUUCCGUGGUGUCGUCCCGAGGACGAAGUUAACCCCCCAAUGCCAGGAUUAUUUCCGCGCAAGCGUCUAGGAGAGGAUGGAAAACCAUUCAUCGUGGGUCAGUGGCAGCUUGACACUGCUCUAGCUGACUCUACGGACAGGGAGAUGGUCUGGGCAGGCGAAGUCAAGUGGAAUGUGGCCCCGAAGAAGGAGAUGGAGAACUCGGCCGCCUUGUGCUGGGCAGUCAAAGCCGAAGAUGGCAGUGACAAGCUGGUAUAUCAAUGUGUGAAUGCAGGACUGGAAUGA